AUGGGUUUGGCGUUAUUACCUACUUUCCAUUUUAUCCUAUUAUUUUAUGCAUUUGUUUAUUUAUCAUUUCCAACAGGGAUAAAGAAAAAUGAUUUCUCUACGCUUCCUCUAACCAAUAAUUUUCAUCAAUAUUCCAAUGAAAGUACUUUAGGUAAUACCACAAACUAUAAUCCAAAUCAAUAUUCACCACCACAAUUUCCACCAUCACAACAAAAUACUCAAACAUUUCCAAAUUAUCAAAAUUUCGCUGCUGCUACCAACAUCAACAACACUACUGCAAACAUCGGCGCUACAACAAAUAUUGCCGGCAACGAUGUCGAUAACAUGAGACCUUUAGCCUCAACUCCGUUAUUAAAUAAUCCUUCUUACGAAAACAAUAACAAUAUCAUUUGGCUUUUGACACGUCUUGAAAAACGUAUCAAUCAAAUGGAACAGAAUAGACACCAUAGGAUUUUUGCAAGUAACACUUUAUCACAAAACAAUGCUUUUGAUAAUGGUAAUAAAAUCAGCAAUGAUGAUAUUUAUAAUAUUUUGGGUAAACUUCUUACUCGUAUAGAACAGUUAGAAACUUCUCAAAUCAACGUUGAACGAAAUCUUGCCGAGUUGAAUAAAUUUUAUUUUAAUCAAAAUUAA